AUGCCUUUUACCACCUAUUCAUCGGGAGCCGCGCCCACAGCUGACGAUUGGGAAGCCCGCCGUGCGCAGAUCACACAUCUCUACUGUGAGGAAGAUAAUACGUUGGCUGAAGUCAUGACGAUCGUGAACAAGCCAGAAUUCAGAGCCUCUGCCAAAAUGUAUAAGUCUCGAAUAUCCAAAUGGGGCUUAGGAAAGAACCACAAGGAGUACGAGGCCCGUGCGAUCAUACAUGCGUACGCUCAAGAUCGGAAGCCAUCAAGGUUGCGACUCCGCGGCCAGAUCGUUGAUAUCAAUGGCGUGCUACAGUAUUUUAAGCGCAAAGGCAUUAGUAUUCACGACGUGCUCAAUACAGACGCGAAACCACUCCCAGGCCUGGUUAUUGAGACGCCUGCAAUCAAGUUAUGCUCAAAUGAAGAUAGCAAUGCGCGGGCAUUUCUUGAUUCGGCAAUUCAGGCAGGCCCAUCUCGUAUAGAGCCUCCAGACUCGCUGAAGACGGCUGAAGGUUUGUUUGCGGACAUACAUGAAUAUGCUAAGGCCUUCUUCGGGACUGGCUCUCCGUUUUUCAAUGGGAGAGAAGCGUAUAGUCUUACUUUUCUAGGUCUUGAUUACGAGGGCAUGGAUAUGCUCUCUCAUUUCCUGAGGAAUCAUAAUUUAUCAGAAUGGUAUAAUCAAAGCUCCCAGUACAUCGAACGGUUUGUGGAACGUCAGCCAUUGCUCGCCUUGCCCGCCAUACUCGAGGUUAUUCUAGAAAUGCAAAUGAAAGACCACAAGCUGUUGGCACGCUCAAGCUUUAUGCAAUUGUGUGCAAUGUCUACAAAUCUGGGGCCUAGAGAAGGUCCAGUCUGGCGUUGUCGACAGAAGGUUGUCACUCGAAUGAGCGUACUCAUCAAUAAAGAUGAAAUGAAAGACUGUGUGACUCAAUUACUACAAUGCUUAGUGGACUCUCACAGAAAAACCCUAGGUGGCUUCCAUAUGCACACCAUUGCAGCUACGAGCUCUCUGACGAGAGUGAUGGCGAAAUUGUACGGACCUGAACAGGUUUUGCGGUCACUACAGGUCCUGCACACGGCUUUGGAAGGGCAGCAGCCCCCUUCGCGGAGCAAACGCUCUGGGUUCUGCGCGACUUGA